AUGGCGUCGGGGCGGUUCACCUCGAAGCGCGGGUGCGCCAUGAGCAUCUCGAUGCAGCGCUUGUGCGCCGCCGUGUCGCGGAUCUCCCAGAAGGUGGUGGCCAUAUUGAAGAAAAAGGUAUUGUGCAGAAUUGAAAAUGAAUUCAUAACAGUGGCUUCAGACGAUAAACAUCUUGCAACAAAGGGCUGAUCAAGCAGAGCGAAUCGGGAGCGCCGAGCCGCGUUAGCUGUCGAGAGCACGACACCGAAGUCCGAGCAUUGAGUGACAUUUAGAAUUUUAUAAAGACGUCCCUCAAAAACGUUUUUCGAAAUACUGCUCGAAUGUUAAAAAUGUUUGGAUCAACGUACAAUUGUGAGCGGUAUUUUUUCUUUGAAAAUUUGUAAAUCUGGAAUGAGAAGUUCCAUUACCGAUCAAAAUGUGAAAUGCAUGAAGAAAAAUUAGCUUCGUUUUUUAAAUUUGAAUUUCUUUUACUGUCAGUAUUUCCUUUAUUAAUUUAGUGACAUUACUUUCGUUAAUCUUUAGUAUACUUUUCAUAAUCAUCUGCAUGAUAAACUGUAACGUCGCAGGAAUUAAAAAUCUUAAUGUGAUUAAUCACUGUUUUCUAAUUAAAAAUUUGGCAUAUCGGGCGCAAUCUACAAAAAUAAAUUUUGUUCUUUUCAUGCUGCACUGAAAAUUGUUUUUUAUACUUCGAACACAAAAAUAUGUAUAACUAGUAAAUAUCCCAAUAAAUG